AUGGAGUGGCCUAAGUUUUAUCCAUCGCGUAUACCACAGUUUGCUGCCAUUCACGCUUUGUUUUGGUUACCAGUAUCGUAUUUUAUUGCAAUUUCUUAUGAUCAUAUACAACCAGUUGUUCCAUACGUGAGCUCUCUUGGUUUAUAUCCACCGGAAAAAUAUAUUUUCAUGUUUUCAAUGGGAUUAUUUGGAGUACUAAAUAUUAUAAGUCAGUGGUUUUGGUACUUAAUGAUGAGAAGAAGACUUGCAGAGGGAAAUACUUGGCCAACGGUUAGUGGACUUCUAUGCAUCAUCGUACCAAUAACUUUCACAAUAUCAGGCAUAUCCAUCAUAGCAUUGUCCAUAAUUGAUUCAAAAACUGACAACCAUACACAUUAUCACUUAUCUCUACUGAAUUUCUAUUGUCACCUGGUUUCGAUUCCACUGGGUGCUCUGCUUGUUUCAUAUUCUAUCCGUCCACGAAUAUGGUUUUUCUUGGCUAGAUUAAUUGUUUGGAUCCAGAUGAUUCUUGGUGCAUAUUUUUUCGUAUAUUUCAAUCAGCUUGGACUCUUAAUUCUGGAAGCGAAAGACGUCUUCUAUAUAAAACGACAUGAACAGGGAUAUGAAGAAUUUAAAUGGAGCGCAAAUUUCCAACCUAACUCUGUAACUGGCUCUUCAUCACCAAUGAUACUUUGUCGGAGAAAGAACAAUCCAUUUCGGUUUUCUCUAAUUGCACUUUUUAUCGCACUCACUGGACUUCCCAUCUUAUAUUCAGUGGCCGUAUACGAAGAACAUAUCAAUGCUUUCUUCCCAUUCAUCAGCUAUUUUGGAGUUUACCCUCCAGAAAAGUAUGGCUUCUUCCUAUUGAUGACAACCUACUCAAUAUUUAAUACUGCGGGCAAUUGGUUCUGGUUUCGCAUAGUUAAAACAAAAAUAUCGAAUAUGUCUAAAUCGUUGAUCCCCCACCUCGUCAACUCAUUCAUACGGCUUCUAAUGACUUUAUCUGGGUUGUGUUUAACUGGUCUGUCCAUUUUUGAUGUGGAGAAAUAUAAUGUGUAUCACCACCUAACGGCUGUUUGCAACUUCUUCUGUCAUGGUCUGUCAGCUAUGUUGGGUGGUUGUUUGUUGUUCAAGUAUUUCGAAGAUCCUCGUUGGUUCUGGUGUAUUCGAUUCAUACUGACCAUGAAAAUGCUACUCAGUGCUAUAGCGUUCGCUUAUUUCAACCAUGCUGGUCUUCCUUUACUGGAUACACUAAACAUUUAUCGAAUGCUACCGACAGAUGGUGGAUACUGGGAAUUCGUUUACUGUGCUAUGGCUGAGUGGGUUAUGGUCGCCACAUGCAUAUUAUACACGCUAGUCAUCGCACUGGAAACCAAUAAAUACGGAAGGUCUGUGAUGAGAACAGUUUCCAGAGACACCUCUACGGUUCAACUCUUGAGAAAUGUAUAA